AUGGCCGACAAGGCGCCAGAUACCAUCUCGCCGGUGGACCAGGAAGCCGCACGAACCCCGGACUCCACGACAAAAGUCAUUGAAAAUGCAAAGGCGGCAACGGAGAAGGAACGCUCCAUGACUUUGUUGCAGGGCAUUCGAUUGUAUCCCAAGGCAGUGAUGUGGAGUGUGCUCAUUUCCACCUGUAUCGCCAUGGAGGGGUACGACAUCAGUUUGGUGAACAACUUCUAUGCCUUUCCCCAAUUCAACCGGAAAUAUGGCCAGAUGGUGGCCGAUGGGUCGUAUCAGGUAUCUGCGGCGUGGCAAGCAGGUCUUAGCAACGGCGCCUACUGCGGUGAAAUCAUCGGUCUCUUCAUCAACGGCUGGGCCUCGGAGCGAUUCGGUUAUCGGUAUACGAUCAUGGCCUGUCUCAUUCUCGUCAGUGCGUGGACGUCGAUCUUCUUCACGGCUCAGAACGUGCAGUCCCUCUUGGCGGCGGAGAUCCUGUGCGGUAUCCCCUGGGGAGUCUUCCAGACCCUGACCAUCACCUAUGCAUCGGAAGUGUGUCCCGUGGCACUGCGUGGAUAUCUGACAACAUAUGUCAAUUUCUGUUGGGGACUGGGCCAGUUGAUUGGCAUUGGUGUCAUCAAGGGAAUGUUGAAUCGAAAUGACGAGUGGGCAUAUCGGAUUCCCUACGGGCUGCAAUGGAUGUGGCCAUUGCCACUCUUCAUUGGAAUCUGGCUGGCACCCGAAUCGCCCUGGUGGCUGGUCCGCAGAGGCCGGACGGAAGAUGCGAAGCGGGCCCUGGUGCGACUGACCACCAAGGAACAGCACGAGGAAUUCGACGCGGACGAGACGGUCGCGAUGAUGGUGCAUACCACCGCGCUGGAGGCGAAGAUCACCAACGGAGCUAGUUACCUGGAUUGUUUCCGGGGCACUGAUCUGCGUCGCACCGAGAUUGUGUGUAUGGUGUGGGCGAUUCAAAAUCUGAGCGGCAACUCCUUCUCGAACUACUCGACCUAUUUCCUGGAACAGGCUGGAUUGAGUUCCAGCAAUUCCUACGCAUUCGCCAUGGGCCAGUAUGGCAUCAACAUGGUGGGAGUAUUCGGCGCCUGGUUCCUGAUGACUUUAGGAAUCGGUCGGCGGACACUCUGCUUGUACGGUCUGUGCGGACUGUGCACCAUGUUGCUGAUCAUGGGCUUCCUGGGCCUGGUGCCUUCGGAACACAAGGACCAGGCCUCCCUUGCGACCGGAUCCAUGAUGCUGAUCUGGGCCCUGUUUUACCAGCUCACCGUCGGCACCGUGUGCUACUCCCUGGUGGCUGAGCUUUCCACCCGGCGUCUCCAAAUCAAAACGGUCGUUCUCGGCCGAAAUCUGUACAACAUUGUUGCCAUUGUCUGUGGCGUGCUCACCCCUUACAUGCUGAACCCGAGUGCCUGGGACUGGGGCAACUAUGCCGGGUUCUUUUGGGGUGGGAUCUGUUUCUUGUGCAUUAUCUACACCUAUUUCCGGGUCCCAGAACCGGCUGGGCGGACUUUUGCAGAAUUGGAUCUGCUCUUUGAGCGCGGUGUCAGCGCUCGCAAGUUCGCCUCGACGGAAGUUGACGUGUUCGAUGAGACCAUCGAGGGUCAAGUCCUUGAUAACUAUCGUGAAACACACGAGAAGCCCUAG